AUGUUUUCUUCCCGAGUUUUUCUGACUAGCCUCUCUUUGUUUCUCACUGUCGGGUUGGCCAAUUUUGCCGCAGUAGAGGCUUCAACCAAUGCGUAUGCCCCGGUUACCACGACGUGCCCAACGACCACUUUGCUCAGAUCAGCUACGGGGUUAAAUAGCGAAGAGGCACAGUAUCGAGAAAAUCGAAAGAAAUUGGCGGAUGGUGCAUUGAAGAGAUGGCUUUCCAAGACUAGUACCGGCUUCCAAACUGAAGACGUAGAAUUACCUACGAUUGCCCUUGCAACAAGCGGCGGUAGUUAUAGGGCCCUGCUUACGGGCGCUGGUAUUAUCCAAGCCCUUGACGAACGUGACAGCAAUGUCAGCACCAGUGGGCUCUUCCAGGCCAUCACUUACCAAAGUGGUCUCUCUGGUGGUAGUUGGUUGUUACCAUCAUUUGCAGGAAACAACUGGCCAACAAUAACUCUACUCAAGGACAGCUUUUGGCUAGAUAGCUUUUCAAAUGGUCUUUUGGCCCCACAAAACUUGUCGCUGGUGGAUGUAUACAACCAGGUUAUUCAAGAUUUGCUUGCGAAAUCUGCCGCUGGAUAUGAACCGACCCUAACUGACUCUUGGGGCCGUCUCCUCUCAUAUCAGCUUUUCCCAGGUCCGGACUACGGUAGAGGAUUGGAGAUGUCUGCCCUCGUUUCACUUUCUAAUUUUACGAACUGCAUGGUUCCAUUUCCGAUCAUAACAGCGCUUGGUGUGAAAACCUGGGAGGGUCAAUGUAUGCCAGGGCCAAACGCCACUCAAUACGAGUUUACCCCAAUUGAAUUCGGUUCGUGGGAUAAUGAUGUCAGUGGGUUUGCCGAUUUAAAGUAUUUGGGAACAUCCAUGUCCGACGGCAAACCUGUGGCCGAGGAUAAAUGUACAACCAACUUUGAUAAUCUGGGAUUCGUCCUGGGUACUUCGUCAAAUCUUUUCAACUAUCUCUGCGUGUCGGCACCACAGAAUGCGUACGACUUUCUUACUCCAGAGAUUAUAUCAACGUUGGAAGAUCUCUUAGAUGACGUGCAUCAACAAACGUUCCGCGACGAGUACGCAGUAUACCCUAACCCCUUCCGUAAUUGGAACUCUUCCACUGGGAUAUUCAACGAUGCAAAUCCGGUUUCCAAUCAGGAAGAGCUGUAUAUUGUUGAUGGCGGAGAUGCGCUACAAAGCAAUCCCAUAUGGCCGAUGUUGCAACCCGAACGCGGAGUUGAUGUGCUGCUCGUGAACGACAACGCUGCAGAUACGAAAACAAACUAUCCCAAUGGGUCUGAGAUCUUGAUGACAUACGUGGAAUCAUUCAACCAGAAUCUCACACGCAUGCCGUAUAUUCCUUCGAUGGAAAUAUUCUUAGAUGAAGGGCUCAACACGCGAGCUACCUUUUUUGGCUGUGAUGAUGCGGAUAAAAUUACAAUUGUCUACUUGCCAAACUACAACUUUACCUAUCCCAGUGGUCAAUGGACAUAUAAACUGGAAUAUACCCGUGAUGAGACAAAUGGAAUGAUUAAUAAUGGUAUGGCUGUGGCUACUCAAAAUGACACUGAUGAAGGAUGGGGGACUUGUAUCGGCUGUGCUAUUAUGGGGAAGGCUGGAGCUGGGUUGCCAGCAGAGUGUGAUGCUUGCUUUCAAAAGUAUUGCUAUCGCUCUUAG